AUGACGAGAAUUUUAGAUCUAUAUAAGCUUGCUUUGAAAAAACAUCCCAAGACUACAAAUGCCGUUACAACUGGUGCAUUAUUUGGCGCAGGUGAUGUUUCAGCACAAUUUCUCUUUCCCUAUACAGAACAUAAAGGUACUAUAGAAUCAAAGGAGAAUCAUAAGAGGAAAGUAGCGUGGAAAUAUGACUUUUCUCGUACUGCCAGGGCCAUAGUCUAUGGAUCGUUGAUAUUUUCAUUCGUGGGUGAUAGAUGGUACAAAUUUUUGAACUACAAGGUUAAGUUACCCAAUAAACCAAGCAAUCAUUAUACAAACUUGCUUUGCAGAGUAGGUGUGGAUCAAUUGGGGUUUGCUCCAAUAUCCUUGCCAUUUUAUUUUAUGUGUAUGUCUGCGAUGGAGGGAAAAUCUUUUGAUGAUGCAAAAAUCAAGGUUAAAACACAAUGGUGGAAUACUCUAGUGACCAAUUGGUGCGUCUGGCCACUUUUCCAGGCUGUAAAUUUCUCGCUAAUACCAGUGCAACAUCGUCUCUUAGCUGUCAAUACAAUAUCUAUCUUUUGGAACACCUUCCUAUCAUUCAAAAACUCUUAUAUUCCAGUUGAGAAGGAAAGGUAUCCUGUUUACUAUCCUCCUGUGGCUGAAUGA